UUGUCGCAGUGAAUUGUGGGAUAGAAAUUUACAGACAUGGCGUCUCGUGCGCUUGCAUACUGUGUGCGCUCCAUCACCCGCGCCGCUGCAAGGUUAAAUCAUGGCAGCGUGCUCACCAGAUCCGCGUGCGCGCCCCUCGUCCCAAAGCAGCGCCCGCUCUCUGUCCUGUCAUGCAGCCAGCGGACGAGGUGGACUCAACUAGUGCAGAUUUCAGGCCCGUCUGUUGAUCAGUGUCGACACUAUGGGGAUCUUCCACCCCUCACUUUACAGAACAUCGAAGAGCGUGUCAUGUACGUCCUUAAACUGUAUGACAAGAUCAGUCCAGAGAAGCUGCAAACAUCGUCUCAUUUCAUGAAAGAUCUGGGGCUGGAUAGCUUGGACCAGGUGGAGAUUAUAAUGGCUAUGGAAGAUGAGUUUGGAUUUGAGAUCCCAGAUGCAGAGGCCGAGAAGCUUAUGACUCCUGCGGAGAUCGUACAGUUCAUUGCAGAUAAAAAAGAUGUGUAUGAAUAGAACCAAGUUAUAUGGUAUGGAGGAUUGACUCUGACUCAGUUUCUGUCAUACCACUUUCUUGUCUCUUGCUUAUGGAGUUAACUGCCUUGUUUAAUGAAAAUGCCACUAUAAACUCUUGGGAACUUGAGCUGAAAAUAAAGCCAAGACUAAAUUAUAA